AUGAACGGAACUUCAUUUGAACCCACUGACGCUGGGGCAAGCCCUGAGCCAAAAGACGACGACCAAAACGACGUUCAACAAGUUGGUCUUGCGAGGUACAUGAACAGUCUUGCCCGUGAGCUAAGAGACUACUACUAUGACACGGGAGAAGAACAGAUACUUGACGAGGCGAUUGAGAUGGCUGAAAAGGCUACACUUGUCACUUCAACGACUGAUCCUAACCUCCCAGCAUAUUACAACAACCUUGCUCUGUUACUAUGGGAUAGGUAUGGACAUACAUGGUGCUCUGAAGCACUUGACCAAGCCAUCGACACAGGUCGCCAAGCAAUAGAUCUAUCACCCAGGAGCUGCCUUAAGCGGUUGCGGUACAUGGAUAAUCUAGCUUAUAUGCUUUGCGAUCAAUUUGACAUGUCAAAUGAUCAGAGCAGUUUGGAGGAAUGUGUCAAAGUUCAACAGGAAGUCGUUGAAGGUUGUCCCGAAAGCCACUCGUAUCGAGCAGAAUAUGUUGAUCAUCUCGGCCGCCUUUUGAUUGACUUUGCAUCUUUCACUAAAUCUGUCGGCGAGUUGGAGAAAGGCAUCGAUCAAGUGAGACAGUCAGUGAGGAGGCUGCCAAAAGACUACCAACACAGAGCACAGUGCCUCUCCACACUUGCCGAAAUGCUUCAGGAGGAGUACGGUCUCCAGGCAGGCAGAACAGAUCCUGCUGAAGCUGUGCAGCUUGCAAAAGAAGCGGUCGAUUCGACCCCUGAGGACACCCUGGAGAGAGCGACAUAUCAAAGCAAACUUGGUCAUCUAUUGGCCGACAAGUUCCAUUUUGGCAAGGAUAUGUGUGACAUUGAUGAGGCUAUCCAUUUGCUCAAAGAAGCUACCAAGGAGUAUUACGAGGACGAUACAUCUUGGAUUUCCAGGUCAAUCGACUUAGGACAUGCCCUUGAAGCUCGCUCUACCGCUACAGGAUCAGCCUCGGACCUAGAUGAAGCUAUUGAAAUAGCACGUGGGGCUCUCGAGGCAUCGCUAGAGGAUACGAACUACCGUCUGCGUCGAGCUCUUCGUCUCGCAAGCCGACUGAAGGAGCGUUAUAUACGGAGUCGUUUAUCUUCUGAUCUUGAGGAGGCUAUUCAGGUGAUCAACAGCAACCUCGAAGCCGCUCCCGGGGACGAUCCGAACCGCGGGCACGCCUUUCACAUCCUCGGAAAUUCCAUAGGCGAUAGAUUUUCCAUAUCAGGGUCAAUUCCUGAUCUGGAUGAGGCUAUCAAGCUUGCACAGAAGGCAGUUGAGGCAACUCCUACGACAGACGUGGAAUAUUUCAACUUUUUGCAGAGUCUCGCGGCUUGUUUCGCAGAUAGAUACGACAGAACAAGCGCGAUAGCCGAUCUAGACGAAGCUAUCAGGAUCAUGGAAAGGGUGGUGAACGAAACGCCCGAAACGAACUUGACAUGGCUCGGGUUUGUUUACAAUCUUGGCGGCAUAUAUCGAACUCGGUAUACAAGAUUAGGGCACGCUUCCGACUUGGAAAGGGCUAUCGAUUUGGCUCAAGAAACAGUCGGCAAGUGUAACGUUGGCAAUGCCAGUAGACACCUCUACCUUUCUAGACUUGCGACUUGUUUGAAAACUCGCUAUGAUCGAGAACGCUCGAUUUGGGAUCUUGAAGACGCUAUCAAGUUAGAAUACGAGGCAUUGGAAGCAACUACAGAGUAUCAUGUGGACUUUGCAGGGCGUCUUCAUCAGCUUGGAACAAGCUUGGUAAGAAAGUACAUGCAUACGAAGGACAUCGCAGACCUCGACGAGGCUAUCGGAUUUUCCAAGAGGGCAGUCAAUGCUGAAGAUGGAACGUAUCGCUAUCGAGCCGAGUCUCUGCACGGUGUCGGAUGCUAUCUUCAGAAACGAUCUGAGUUCACUGGAAGUAAAGAGGAUCAAUUGGAAGCUAUUGAGUUCUACCGAGACGCAAUUCUCCAGACUCAGUCAGCUAUCAAGACUCGUAUAGAUGCUGCACGUCGUGCUAUCAUUCUAUACAUGCUACACGAGGAUUGGAAACAAGCAUACGAGAUUGCAGAGAUAGCCAUUCAUCUAAUGCCGAAAUUAAUACUAAGAUCCCUUCAGAAUGCUGACAAGGAAGAGCUCUUACCUGGUCUUAGUGGUUUGUCCUCAGACGCCGCUGGGCUAGCUCUUGAAAUUGGGAAGGGUCCGGUCAUUGCGCUUAGUAUGCUUGAGAGAGGCCGCGGAAUGCUCGCCGCAGCUUUAGAUGAUCUGCAUACCGAUAUUGACGCCUUGAAGGAUAAGCACCCGGAUCUGGCAACCAAGUUUGUUGCGCUGCGCAAUAAGCUUGGCCAAGAUGAGAAACCCUAUGCAAGCAGCGAUCUGGCGUGGAAUCAAGGCUCGAAUCAACGAUAUGAAGCUGGCGAAGAAUUUGACAAACUUGUGAACCAAAUUCGGACUCAACCUGGUUUUGAAGAUUUCCUACUCCCUCCAACAGAGUCACAGAUUAUGUGGGCAGCGACACCUGGUCCAAUAGUUGUGGUCAACACUUGUCUUCUACGAUGUGACGCAAUCAUAAUCGAGCGGCAUCAGAUCCGAUCUAUAUCUUUGCCAGACUUCGACCGUCACAGUAUGAUCAAGUUCAGUAGCGAGGGUACCCUAAAGAGCUCGCUUGCUCUUGAGUGGUUAUGGAAUUGCGUCGCCCGGCCUGUUCUCGAUGCUUUAGGUUUUACAAAGACCCCAGCUGGAGAUUGGCCUCAUGUGUGGUGGAUCAUGACUGGCUUUUUGACGAAGUUCCCCAUUCAUGCGGCAGGUUUACAUACCAAAGGCUGCGCUGAUAGCGUCCUGGACAGAGUUGUCUCAUCGUAUCAUACUUCAGUCCAGUCGAUUGUUCGUGGUCGCAAGCGUCCUGCCCCGACAAGACCAUUACACCAAGCACUAUUGGUGGGUAUGGAAACAACUCCUGGCAGCUCUAGUCUCCCUAAUGCAUCAAAAGAAAUUGAUGCUGUCAGGAAGGUCUGCGAAACGAUGUCGAUCGAUCCCAUCGAGCUGAAACCUCGAAAGAAGGACAUCAUGUCGCAGCUGCUUGAGUCUGAAAUUUUCCACUACGCUGGUCACGCAUACACCGACAGCAACGACCCAGCAGAGAGCUAUUUAUGCCUAGAGGCCGACAAGGCUGACUGUAUCACUGUUUCAAACCUUUUGGACAUCAAUUUGCAGAGGCAGUCUCCAUUCCUCGCUUAUCUUUCCGCUUGUGGGACCGGCGAGAUGCAAAACAAUCACCUAGUGGACGAAGGCAUCCAUCUCAUAAGUGGAUUCCAGUUGCUGGGAUUUCGACAUGUCAUUGGGACCCUCUGGGCUGUCAUGGAUGAGUUAUGCGUACAGAUGGCAAGGCUUUUUUAUGAGGAGCUCAGGGACAAGGUGAGAACAGACAGAGCGGUCGCCGAAGGUUUGCACACAGCUACGAGGAAGCUUCGGGACGAUUGGUUAGAUGCAAGGGAAACAGAUCAUAGUGCUACUGCUAGGAGAGUGAAUGAGGGAAUUAGCACAGGGGAGAGGGCUACCGAGGACAUGAGAGAUGUCUUGGCAUGUGAAGAAGAGGUGGCUUGGCCGCAUUGGAUUCCAUAUGUUCAUUAUGGUGUAUAA